AUGUAUGUUACAGGAGCAAUGUUUUAUAAUUUUUAUACUUUUGAGUCAGAUUUAUCCAAAACGGAUUCGGAAAAGCACUACGAUCUACAGCGACAACAGCAGCAGCAGCAACAACAACAACAACAGUUGCCAACCUCCGGAAGAAUGUCCACCGAUGCCGACAAAAUUAUUGAAAUCAUUCUGAUUCUCUUUCUUCCGGUAAAUUACCUUUAUUAA